CCCCCCUCAGUUUUGUCUGUCGGGCUUCUUGCGAUCGAUCGCGAAUGUCUGGUGGGCCAGCUGGACGUAUUUUCGGCCCUUUUGUUUUUAAAAUUGUCGUCGAGGGGGAAGUAAUCAGAAUGAACGGAAAACCGAGGAGCGUUGCGUCUGUAGAAAUAACCGACGACCGCAUUUCCAAUGGAAAAGAAUCCUCGUUAACAUUUCCGCUUAUUCGGCGUCGAUAAUUGUUUCCGAAAAACGUUUUUUGAGGUGCAUGAUACUAAAAUAAAAGUCUGCAAAAGUCAAAUUUUAACAGGUUGAUUUCGUUAGUUGCCAUUUAAUAGAGGGAUAUUUUAAAAUUAGAUUAUAAAAUAAAAGAACAAUUUUCAAGUUUUUCAAAGUUUUGUUUAAAAUAAUUUUUGGUCUCAUAGUUUUUUGUCUUGGCCAUUGGUUACUAUUAAGCAUUAAAAUGCAAGAUGUAAAACAUAUGUCGCGAUGAGCUUUUAACAAUGGCAGAACGUUUAUAAGAAAGAUUACCCACGCUGUAAGCCGAAAAUCUACUGAAACUACCUGAAGUUUAGGAACGCCGAGUGUAUUAAAAUAUGUAUGUAUGUAUGCAUUUUUCCAACAAAAUGUGAUGCCGGCUUUAUGUUGACAGGAUCGAUGUUAGACUGAGCAACGGAGAUGUCAGGGAAUUUAAAUUAACUCUAAAUUACUCGGGAAAAAUUUAUCAAGUUAUGCAGGUCGAGUCGUUGUAUCAGGAAUUUUUUCUUUAUUGGUUCGCAUGGUGUCGGUCUUUUUUUCGAAAUUUGUUCGUACGAGGUGCAAACUCAAAAUAGCAAACUGUUUUAGUUCAUCGGAUAGCGCAUAUAGCUACUAGUUACAUAAUGGUCUUGCCUAUGCCUAUAAUAGAGGAACUUAUGAAGCAACUAUGAAAAAAAAAUGCCUUUGCGGCAUUCAAUAACCAACAUGACGGCUGAUGACUGUUAGUAAGUUUGGAUGCGGCAUGUUUACGGCAGUAUUUUCUCAAAAUAUGCUUAUAUCUCGUUAAAAGUUCUGGGAAAACGAGUUAAGUGCGUGGAAAAUUACAAAGAAAAUGGCGCAGAGGUUAAUGGAUAAAAUUGCGCGGAAAGUCAUAACCAUCGUUAUGAAAAUAUCAAUGCCGGCUGCGGCGCAUCAAUUUUGACCGUAGUAGGGCCACUAUAUUAUCUAAUACCUAUAUGAGUGAGCGUUUUGAAAUUCGGCGAGAUUUUGACGGGCCAUGCCAUUUUUGACAUUUCCGAGAUUGCGUCCAAAUUUUUAGUGUUUCAACAGGACUCCCUCAAUGGACCCGAAACAAAAUCGCGAUAGUAAAAAUAACGAACGACAAAAACAUCGCGAUUGGAUGCCGCGGAGAAAUCACUAACCAAAAGUAUAGUUGGGAGUUUAGGGCCCGAGCCAGCGAGGUGUAUGACUUCGCAGCGUCGAACGCCCACCUCUUAUAGGACAACAAAAUUUUUAUCCAAUAGGCAUCGGAAACUGCAGCCAUUCAGAGAAACGUGACUUGAUCCCGUCGAGGCCGGACCGUUGCUUUUUGUCCCCCCGUCAGUCGGUAAAACGUCGACCAUUUCGUCAACCACCACCACCACCACCUUCGUAUAAUCAUAAUAAUAAUCGAACAGGUUCCGUUUCGUUAGGUUGUGUAGUUUUUAUCGGCAACUAGAGCCGUUUUUCCUCUUCUCUACCCCCAUCCAUACGCUUGUAAAAAAAAUGAGCGUAAACGUCAACCGUAGCGUUAGCGAUGUGUUCUACCGGUACAAGAUGCCGCGGCUCAUGGCCAAAGUCGAGGGCAAGGGCAACGGCAUCAAAACCGUCAUCGUCAACAUGGCGGAGGUGGCCAAAGCGCUGGGCAGGCCGCCGACCUACCCCACCAAGUACUUCGGUUGCGAGCUCGGCGCCCAGACCCAGUUCGAUUUCAAGAAUGAACGUUUCAUCGUGAAUGGAUCCCACGACGCCGGCAAACUUCAAGACCUGCUCGACGGUUUCAUCAGGAAAUUCGUGCUGUGUCCCGAGUGCGAGAACCCCGAGACCGAGCUGAUCGUCAGCACGAAAAAGAACACGAUAUCGCAGGGUUGCAAGGCGUGCGGCCACCACGGUCUCCUCGUCAGCAAUCAUAAGCUGAUGACGUUCAUCCUAAAGAACCCGCCGAAUUUGAACCCGGCGACGCAGGGCUCGUCGCUGACCGAAGGCAAGCGGUCGAAACGUAGCAAGAAGGCGAACGGCGACGGCCAGGAUCAGGAUCAGUCUGUGGGCGACGUGAACGACUCGUCGGUCGAUACUUCCGUCACCGAGAGAUCGUCCGCCGAUAACGGGAUCGGCGCUAGCGAAGACGAUGACACCGAGUGGGCGGUCGACGUGUCCGAGGAAGCGGUUCGCGCCCGUAUGCAAGAUCUCACCGACGGCGCGAAAUCGAUGACAAUCACCGACGACCUGGAGAAAACGGAAAAGGAACGCAUGGAUAUAUUUUACGCGAUGGUGAAGGCGAAACGGGACGCGAACCUGCUCGAACGUCCCGAAGACCAGAAAGAGCUGCUGUCGGAGGCGGAACGGCUCGAAGUGAAGACGAAAGCGCCGCUCGUCCUGAUGGAGCUCCUGUUCGAUCAGAACGCGUUGCAGCAAGCGCGCCGAUUCCGUCUGCUGCUGCUGCGUUUCACCUUAAAUGAUAAACGCGCGCAACGCUACCUUAUGGGCGGGCUGGAACAGGUGGUCGCACUCCAUCGCGACGUGCUCAUGCCACGGGUGCCCGCCCUUCUCAAGGUGCUCUAUGACCUGGACGUGUUGCAGGAGGCAGCCAUACUCGAGUGGGACGAAAAGGUGUCGCGGAAGUACGUGUCAAAGGAAGUGAGCCAGGAAAUCCACGAUAAGGCCGCGCCGUUCGUCAAAUGGCUGAAGGAGGCGGACGAGGAGUCGUCCGAGUCGGAGGAAGAGAGCGACGACGAGGUGGAAAUCGAGUACAAUGACCGGGUGCAGGUGACACCGCUGAAACCGGCGCCGGCGGCGGCCAAGAAACCGGCCAAGGCCGAGGACGAGGGCGAGGACGAUGUGGACAUCGAUGCCAUUUAGUAAAUUCCGGAUGUCUUUUUUUUCGUUUCUUCAAUUUUUCUUUAUUACGCAUAAAAUGUGUUUUAUUAUAUUGAUUAGGCUAGGUAGGUUGGUAUUGUUUCUCGGCACGGGGAUCGGGCCGCGGUCCUCGGGGGGGUUUCAAUUUUAUUAUUGUUUCAAUGUCAAAUAAAUCGUUUAAAAUGCA